CCCCCCUCUCUCUCUCUCUCUCACACCACACAAACACAAACACAGACACAAUGGCUGCCUCUCUCUCCGUCUCAAGGCUCCUCCUGUCAUCCCCCAGCAUCCUCGCCCUCUCCACCAAAACCUGUCUCUUCCACACCGCCAAAACCCUCUCCUCCAAACCAUCUUUCACUUCACUCCCAUUCAAACUCCAUCACCGCUCAAAACCCCUCAAAUUCUCCACCGCCACCACAAAAUCCACAAUAUCCGCCACCAUCGCAGUCGGGGACAAGCUCCCGGAAUCCACGCUCUCCUACCUCGACUCCGACGGUGAGCUCCAGACCACAACCAUUUCUGACCUCACCAAGAACAAGAAGGCCAUCCUCUUCGCUGUUCCCGGCGCCUUCACCCCCACCUGCUCCCAGAAGCACCUCCCUGGAUUCGUCGAAAAGUCCAAGGAGCUCAAGGCCAAAGGGGUAGACACCAUCGCCUGUAUCUCGGUCAAUGACGCCUUCGUCAUGAAGGCCUGGAAGGAGAACCUCAAGAUCAACGACGAGGUGCUCCUGCUGUCUGAUGGGAAUGGGGAUUUCACCAGGGCUAUUGGGUGCGAGCUCGAUUUGAGCGAUAAGCCCGUGGGGUUGGGUGUGAGGUCCAGAAGGUAUGCGCUCUUGGCCGAAGAUGGGGUUGUCAAGGUCUUGAAUUUGGAGGAGGGCGGUGCGUUUACAUUCAGUGGAGCUGAGGAUAUGCUCAAAGCUCUAUGAACUUGGUCAGCUUGUGACCCUUCCUUCGAAUUUCUUCGUUUUUGGAAUUUCCUUGUUCUUCGCUAGUUCGCUGGAUGGACUUUGUUUUUCUCUUUUGCUGAAUCAUGGACUAUUUUUUGUCAAUAAAAUCAUGGAAAUGAACUUUAUUUUA